CUCAGAUUGGAUAAAAGCCAAAACAGGAAUCAGACUAUCGGUCACAGGUGAUUAUACAUGUUUCACAGAGCUAGGGUGUACAGCCAUGUUGUCAUGUUAUGACUGUAAGAAUGAAACCUGUGUUACAGGACAUAUUAUAUGUUCUACUCUCGCUGUAGACCUGCAGGUGACGGUAGAUCCAGAUACAGUGACAGGAUAUCGGAUAAAAGCGACAUGCAGCACCUCUUGCAGAGGGACCUCUCCGCUUUAUUACUACUGGUACAGAAACGGUCAACUUCUACAGGAUAAACAUGGGCCUGACAUCUACAUUUACUCUUCAUUUAGUAAAUAUGAAGGGAAUUACUCUUGUACUAUGAAGGACUUUGAAAAUCAUCGCCCUACAGCUGUGUGCAUCCUUGGUAAGGAGUGCUGGGAUGUGACCUAUUCCUCUGAGGCCAUCUGUGCUUUGAAGGGGUCCUCAGUGAACAUCAGCUGCAGUUACAAACACCCAGCAGGCCACACGCCCACAAGCCAAUUCUGGUUUUAUGAGCAACAAUCAAACACAGAGCCUGAGGACCUGAGUCUGGACCACACAUAUGAAAGGCGUGUGGAGUACAAGAGGAAUAACAGUGACCACACACUGAGACUGAAGGAUCUGACUGACGAAGACGCUAGGGAAUACUUCUUUAGGUUUGAGACGGAUAAAGGACAGAAAUUCAUCAGAAAACCUGGAGUCACGCUUUCAAUCACAACUGUAGUGACAGAGGGAGAGAGAGUGACACUAACCUGCAGCACCACCUGCAUUCUGAGUAACAACCCAACCUUCAUCUGGUACAAGCAUUCACAACCAGUGACUACCGUACACACCACCGACAAGAAUCAUCUGUACCUGGAUCCAGUGAACAGUAGUGACUCAGGUCUCUACACCUGUGCAGUGAGAGGACAAAUGGGUUCUCCUUCUGCAGCUGUCACUCUCAGUGUCAGAUACCACCCAAGGAACACUUUAGUGUCUGUGAGUCCCUCUGGUGAAGUGGAAGAGGGCCAAUCAGUGGUUCUCUCCUGCAGAAGUCAAGCCAACCCACCGGCACAAACUUACAUUUGGUACAAGAAAAGGGGACCUGAAAGUGUUCUAAAAAUGGUGGCUGAGGAAUUGAACCUGACUUUGACCUCAAGUGACGAGGGGCUGUACCACUGCGAGGCACACAAUGAAGUUGGUUCUCAGAACUCAUCUGUUACUGAGGUCCAUUUUGCAGCAUGUCCUGGGAGAGAAACAGCGGAUCCAAUGAAGACGACAUGAGCGCAGAAAAUAAAACACAAGUGUGUUAAGGCCAUAUUAGUGACAGCAAUAUUACAAUACAAUAUUUCCAUUCCUUACAUCAACUGCUCUCUCAAACCACUAGGCGGAUGCAGCUCCUGUUUAUGCCAAUAUCUCUGCCAUGGCUGUGACAUCUGACGUUGCCAAGAGAGAGAAUGUAGAUGGUGAUGUUGAGUAUGCCAGCAUCCAGUUCAGUGCCUUCGACACACAGGAAGCACACUCGAAAUGCAUCAGACCAAGCGCUGCCAGUUGGUGAGAUGUUCAUGAGAUCAAAAAAACUAAAAAGAAAAAAACAUCAUUGAAUAUGCACCUUUCUCUUUAUUGUAUUAAUGAUACCUGCAUGUGUUUGUUUCCUCAGGUCUGAAGAGUACACUGUCAUCUACAGUGCAGUCGGCACUGCAGAACUUGAGCAUAAAGGACUAACAGAGGUUGCUUAAACUCAGCCGAGUGAUGGCCACAGAGGAUGAACAAAAGCUACUGUCAGUGCAUCACUUUAAUGGAUUCUUUCCUUGAUGUUCUGGACUGGAGAUGGUUUAGAAUGGGCAGGUUCUUGAUGUUGCACUGGUAUUUGUUAAUUGGUGAGAAGACAUCAAUUCAUGAGUAUUGUUUUUUGGUGAUGCAACAGAUCCAUUGAGUUGAUCAGGACUGUUUAUGUAAUGCUGUGGACCGCCAGAAGGGGAAGCUCUGAGUUACAAAUACAUUGCCAUUCCUUUCAACUUGUCACAACAAUAUUAUACUUCCAAGACCAGA